CACUAAUCAAGUAUACAAAUAAAUAGAAACCAUGAAAAAUAAAAUAAAAAUAAUUCAGUUAAAAAUUACUGACCAUAAUUUUAUUUAUUAAUUAAAUUAAAUAAAUAUAUAAUUAUUUUAAUUUAAAUAAUUAAAUACAGAAAUCGGGAAACUAAAAAAUUAUAAAAAUAUAAAAAAAAUUGAAUUUUUAAAUUUUUUCAAAAAUAUCCACAUAAGACAUCAACGCGUCAUGAAGUUCAUUUAACGUCAAAUGUGUGAAAUGUCAUGUUAAUAAUGUGCAAAAAAAUAAAAUAAAAUAAUAAUAAUAGUACUAAGUGUGAAUUUGAGUGAGAUGUCGAAAAAAACUAAACAAGACAAUCAACAAUUGGAUUUAAUUGAUUUCAAUGAUAAAAAACCUGAUAUUGAUAAUUUAGGAUCGACAAAAACAAAAACAAUUGAAUCAACAUCUUGUUCAUUAUCGUCAUCAGCGUCAUCAGAAUUAUCACAACCAUCAACAAAAUCACCAAGUCCACCUCCGAAAUUAUUGAAACAAAAAUCACUUCAACAAUUUGUUGAAGAAAUUGAUUAUAAUGAAAUUGAAACAGAAGAGGUGGUGGGUAAAGGAUCUUUUGGAGUUGUAUGGAAAGGAAAGUGGCGUGGACGUUACGUAGCAAUAAAACAUAUAAAUACUGAAGGUGAAAGACGAGCAUUUGCUGUUGAAGUAAGACAGCUUUCACGGGUAUCACAUCCAAAUAUUGUACGACUUUAUGGUGCUUGCACUAAAGAUCCUGUUUGUUUGGUAAUGGAGUAUGCUGAAGGUGGUUCUUUAUACAAUGUGCUACAUUGCGAACCUAAGCCGCGGUAUACAGCGAGCCAUGCUAUAAGUUGGGCAUUGCAAUGUGCUCAAGGGGUAGCUUACUUACAUAAUAUGAAACCAAAGCCUUUAAUUCACAGAGAUUUGAAACCACCAAAUUUACUAUUAAUCCUCGGUGGCCGAACUUUAAAAAUCUGUGACUUUGGUACCGCAUGUGAUUUGAACAGUUACAUGACAAACAAUAAGGGAUCCGCAGCAUGGAUGGCACCAGAAGUAUUCGAGGGCUCUCGUUACACUGAAAAAUGUGAUAUAUUUAGUUGGGGAGUCAUAUUGUGGGAAAUAUUGGCACGUCGUAAGCCAUUUGAUGAUAUUGGCGGCUCUGCUUAUCGUAUUAUGUGGGCAGUACACGUUGGGCAGCGACCGCCACUCAUUGAUAACUGUCCCAAACCAAUUGAAGACUUAAUAACCAGAUGUUGGAGCAAACGUCCCGAAGAGCGACCAUCAAUGGAUGAAAUAGUUCGUGUAAUGACUUGUUUGUCUACGUUUGUCAGCGGACAUUUAGAGCCCGUUGAAUACAGCAUGUCCGAUGAUUAUGAAGAAAAUUACGACAAUGAGGAUGAAAUUGACCAAGAUACUAUUGACGUUUCAUGGGACAUGUCUUCUAGUCAAAUUAACGGCGAUUCGAUAAACGGCAUCAAUAAUGAUAAUAAAAUUGAUUUACUCAGUCAAUCGCAACAAUCUAAAACAAUUCAAAAUAGUCAAGAUUUUAGGGAUUCUAACAUUAGUCACAAUUUGUCACCAGUUAAAUCAAUUAAUAGUAAUAAUAAUAGAGAUUCUAAUGAUGGGUUCCAACCACUUCAUGUUGAAUGUGAUCCCAACGCUUGGGAUUUAGCUACGGGUACAGAUUCAUCAUGGGAGUUACAAAAUACUGCAGGUUUUGACAAAAUGGGCAAAAAAAAAAAUAAUCGGAGUAAUAAUAAUGACAAUUUCGAGGAUAUUUGCGGACUAUUGGAAGCUGAUUUACGUCCGCUUACACCAGACAAUACAUGCCAAUUAUCAAGGACUAUAUUUGAAGAGCAUAAGCAGCUAGCAGAGGAAUAUCUCAAAGUACAAACCGAAAUUGCGCUUGUUAGUCAGUACAAAAGUGAUAUGAUGAAAAAUUUAAACAGUGAAGGCAUUAGACGGCAACAAGAGCUCCGUAAACUUGAGGAUGAAAAGGAAGCAUUAAUAAAACUUCAUGAUAAUCUUAGAAGGCAAGUAGACAUGAUAAAAGGUAUAAGAAGACCAACACUAAAUUCAUCAAACACAAUGAAUACCAUAGUGCCUGGGGAAGACGGUUGGGUCUGUGUGUCUCGACAAGAGCCGUCAAGGAUAUCAUGAGUGUUGACUGAUUAAUUAAUUAAUUACUUACUUACUUACUGUACUUAACUUAAAAUCGCCUUCAUCUAUUUUUUUUCAACAAUCAUUAAAAUAAUUAAUUUUAGUAUAUAAUAUUUUUUCAUACCAUCAAAAAAUAAAUAAA